UAGAGAUGCAUAAAAUAAAAUUAGACCUGCAUGGGACCAGGCUGUAAGGAAAUAGAUGGAGUGAAAACUUUCGACAGCGCUUUGUGGAGGAAACGUAGUGGAAACACAAGUUGAAGCCAGAGCCGGUCCACGCUCCCCUAUUCGACCUCCACGCUUCUUGGUCAAACUUUGAACCCCCAAACUAUGAUCUUUAUUAACUUAUCACCAGUCCUCCUCACCAAGUAGCCAUGGCGGCCAUUGCAAAGAUGGUCUUGUUCUUCUCUGUAAUUGUAUUCAGCGCUGCAAAAUAUGUUGUGGGUGCAGAACCAGGAACAGGACCAGGGCCAUUUCUUCCGGGCACGACAGAUUUGGUGUUGGGCGUACACAGAAAUCGUUAUUUGCUGCAAAGCCCACAAAUUGGCCACCCCCCUAACGAUGAUGACGAUGGAAAGAAAAAAAGUAAGAGCAGAACUGUGCUUCUUACGGGUGCUGCGGGGGUUGGAGGAUUCUUGGCUGUGGGGCUUUUACUACUACUCCUCAUCUGGCCCAAGAAAUUGUAUGAGCACUGGAAGAAGAGGAAGAGCGAGCUGAUCAGGGCAGAGCAAAGGGUGGUUGUGACACACACCAAAGAAGAAAGCGUCACUUUUGAUCCUAAACUUUUACCAAUGAAUAUGACUGAUUUGGCCACUGCAACGAAUGAUUUUGAUAAAAACAGGGUUAUUGGGGAUGGAGGCUUUGGAUUGGUUUACAAGGCGUUUUUGCCAAAUGGGAUUGUGGUGGCUGUGAAGAAGCUGAGCAUGGAUGCAUGCCAGGGGGUUCGAGAAUUCCAGGCUGAAAUGGACACUCUUGGAAGAAUCCGGCACCCGAAUCUGGUUGAGAUUUUGGGGUACUGCAUAUCGGGGCAAGAGAGGUUGUUGAUUUAUAAGUUUAUGGAGAAUGGAAGCCUGGAUGAAUGGCUACACGAAAGGGAAGAUGCUGGGAAGGUUUUGGAUUGGAGGAAGAGGAUUAAAAUUAUCAGAGGGGUAGCUGCCGGGCUUUCGUUCUUGCACAAUGAUUGUAAUCCCCAUGUUAUUCAUAGGGAUAUCAAGGGAAGUAACAUUUUGCUGGACAAAGAUUUUGAGGCCCGGAUUACUGAUUUUGGGCUAGCUAGGCAUAUGAAUCCUCAAAAGAGCCAUAUUUCAACACAAGCUGCAGGAACACUGGGUUAUAUGCCCCCUGAAUAUGCAGGCGGGAAUAUUGCUACCGCACAGGCCGAUGUUUACAGCUUUGGGAUGGUGAUGAUGGAGAUUGCCACGGGGAGGAGACCUAAUCUCCAUAUUAUGGACACCAACAAGAGAACUCUACGGAAUUGGGUGCAUGGACUGGUGAAAGAAGAAAAGUACAUGGAUUUGUUGGACCCUUCUCUCAAAAAUACAUUCAUUGCUCACCAACAUUCUGAGGGGGAAUUGGUUUUGUUCUUCGAAAUUGCAUGCGAGUGCACAUCUUAUGAAGUCCAACAGAGGCCUGCAAUUCGGGAUGUUGUUACUAGACUUGCAGCUAUUGUUUCCCAGACCUGAGGAGUACUUGGCUCCAUUAGAGUCUUAGGAGAGAUACACUAUGACACAGAGGUUGUGGCCAGAGUUGAGCGAGGAUGAGCAUAGAUCGAUAGAGGCCAAUGGAUUACUACACAUCAUGUUCUUGCUUGAGAUCCUGGUGAACAUGGACUUGCUAACUGCAUUAGGCAAGCGAUGGCGCUUGAAGACUUCACAUUCCAUCUAUUGACCGAAGGAGACAAAGGAGGGGAGGGGCUAGGAGGAUAGUGAGGGGGAGAGGAUGAGGGGUGGGAUUAUUGAGGGAUUGGAGGGAGAGGUGGCCAAACUAAGGUGGCAGCUACAGGAGGCCAUGGAUGAGAGGGACAGGGCCAGGGGUUGGACCUUCAGUAGCUCAAAUUUUGUUGAGGCCCACUGGCUCUAAGGGAGGGAGUUCAUCAUAUCUUCUUGAAUCCAUUUUUGUAUUAGCUGAUUUUGUUCGAUGAUGUGGACACCUUCGGGUGAUUUUAUAGUCAUAUGAUUUUUGGGCAUCAGUGUAUCAUGACACAUUAGUUUUUGAUAUAUAUGCGAGAUGAUCUAUUUUGGCGACAAUUA